GAAGACAGAUCGAAGGAAGGCUAUGUCAAUCUCAUCAGAGCUGACUCAGGCUGGUCUUGGGAUGAAUAUGACCCAGCAACCUUCGACCGCGAAGCUGAAGGCUACGAAGAAGAUGAAGACCCACUCGACGAGAACGAGGUGGAGGUAGAGGGCUGCAAGUUACACGACGUGGGAUGGAUGAAGAUCUCACCAGAUGGAUUGAUGCCGACCUUCUAUGGUUAUGCGAUC